GUACUUGCAUAAUGUUUAAACGUACUGCUGCUCAAGCAUGGCGAUCUCGCCGCCUGCACUCCCAUAUUUCACAUACGGCACAAGCAGCUAGAGCACGACCUGCUCGGUCUGUAGUAAUAGCUUCUUCUGCGGCUGCUACCGCGGGCCUACUCUGGUAUUCGUUUAGUACUACCAUCCACAACGAUGCUAUCAUAACACCGAAGCCAGAAGAUAUAUCCAAGUCCGUCCAGAAAUCUUCUACAUCCAGCACCGGAAUCACAGAAGACGACGGGAGCAUAUGUGCAGUCAUAUGGGGUUCCAACCAGUACAACGUAAUCAACCCAAACGAACCCGGAGUCCAACGGGUACAGUACCCCGUAAAUGCUAGUUGGCUAAAAGGCGUCGCGCUGCGCGACUUGGCACUUCAUGAGCGACAUGCUGCUUGUGUAGAUGCAAGGGGAGAUGUAUACCAGUGGGGUGACGGAUUCUUUGGCUCAAGUGCCACAUCAGAAUCAGAGCCGCAGGGACCGAAAUUGACGUUACGUGGUCAUAACAUCAUCCAGCUUCAGCUCACCGAAUCUCGAAUAUAUGCUCUAUCGGCCUCGGGGAAAAUAUAUGUCAUCGCGGCUAAUGCAGAACAACAAAAAGCGCCCCCUCCGAAGCAACUUCCUGCUGGUACUACGUCCUUGUGGGGACCCGGCUGGAUAUGGGGAGCGCAAGGAAAUGCCAUUGACUUCAUGGAGAUUACACCUAAGCAAAAACUCGGUUGGGGUGAACAGUUCGUAUCCAUUUCAGCAGGCAAAAACCACCUCUUGGCAUUGACAUCUUCUGGUCGGACAAUGGUUCAUCCCAUGAACAAAAACGCAAACACACAUGGUCAGCUUGGUCUACGGAAGUUUGACAUUCCUACUUCAAGUUCUACCGACGUCGUCUCUCCGUCUCGCAUUCCCAUCGAGCUAGUUCCAAGGGUAGUGGCUGACCCAUUCGCCACAGCUUCUCCUUUCUCGCGUUCCGUGGCGUCAUCUGUGCCGCCUUCCACAUUCACCAACACUGAUGGAAUAGAUGAUCAGCACAUCAGAUUUUCAGAUGCCCUCUUUGAAAUUCCCUCUCUCCAAGGCAUCAAGGUUUCUCAAAUUGCAGCUGGAGGUCGCACCAGCUUUGUAAUCACAGAUUCAGGUAGGGUGCUCGGCUGGGGAGCGAAUGAGUUCGGUCAGAUUGGACUGGGUGGAAACAUGACUCUUAACACGAUUAUACUGCCGACAGAAGUGGUCCUGUCGAGAAACGUACCCGGUUCUGUCCGCACUAGAUGCAUUGACAUCUCCGCAGGUGGUGAUCUGACAUGUUUCGUCGCCGAACGCACGGACGGGGAAUCCUUCGUCUAUGUGGACCUUCUGACCUGUGGUAAUGGACAAUGGGGAGGACUUGGGAACAACCUGUACUCGAACGCCCAAGGGAACCCUGUCCGCGCAAAGAACGUCAGCGGUCUCCGGGAAUACAACGAAGCUAGCCGGACCAUGUCUCCCAUCCUUCCCCACGCUAUCUCGGUGUCUCCUACCGGCCAUGUCCUGCUGACUUUGGAUACACAAGCGCAUGGGGGCCCGGGUGGCUUGGGUCGGGAUCUGGUCGUCUGGGGAACAAAUCACGACUAUCAGCUUGGUACUGGUAAGAGAAGCAGUCUUCCUGUGCCUACCACCUUGGAGCGUCCUGAAGGGGGUCGAUUUAUCCUGGGUCAACGAAAAGCUCCGGUGAUGGACCUUACUGGUAACGUAUGGAAGAAGAAAGUCGAGGUCGGGCAGUGUGCAGUCGCGGGGUACGGUAAUAGUAUUAUAUAUUGGAAGAUCAAGUAGAUAAUCGAGAGUGGGGAUGAAUUGUAGUCUACCACUUAGUCUUAAUAACAUGGUUCUUGUUGCACGUGA